GAAAUGUCAAAAAAAAUCAGCGCCAUCUAUUUCCUGUAACCAUCGAAACAUUUUUAACAAAACUUCAUGGAUUUGUUUGAGAAAUCAGUUACAAUAUAAACCGCCAUCAAUGUAGUUGAACAAGAGUGAUUCAUUAAACCGAAACAAGCAAGGGCUGAGAGAUGGGUCAGACUCUGUCAGAACCAGUGACGACGAAGGAGACCUCCAGCUGCCAGAAUGCAAGUGUCAAAGUUGGCUCCUCCAGUAUGCAGGGAUGGAGAAUCAACAUGGAGGACGCCCACACCCAGUUGCUUACACUCCCCGGGGACAAGGAUUCCAUGUUCUUUGGGGUCUUUGACGGCCAUGGAGAAGACAGCAAUCCCAGGGCAGCUAAAAACACCAGAGGUGCCAAGGUUGCACAACAUGCCAGCUUGAACCUGCAUAAGAAAAUCAUCAUGCAACCAGCAUAUGCUCAAAACCGUAUAGCCGAUGCUUUGAAGUCUGGGUUUCUGCAGAUGGAUGAAGAUAUGACUAAAGACGAAACCAUGAAAGAUGAGCUUGCAGGGACCACAGCUAUAACCAUGCUGGUGAAAAAUAACCGACUAUUUUGUGCCAAUGUUGGGGACUCGAGAGCGGUGGCAAGCGUGCGUGGGCGUGCAGACAAUCUUUCACACGACCACAAGCCAGGAAAUGAGAUUGAGACACGGCGGAUAAUCGCAGCAGGGGGAUGGGUGGAGUUCAACAGAGUCAAUGGUAAUUUGGCUUUGUCAAGAGCUCUGGGAGAUUUUGUAUUUAAGAAAAAUGACAAGAAAAGGGCUGAGGAACAAAUUGUGACAGCAUACCCUGAUGUCCAGGAGCGUCAGUUAACGGGAGAUUACGAGUUUGUGGUGCUGGCGUGUGACGGCAUCUGGGAUGUACUCUCAAGCCAGGAAGUUAUUGAUUUUAUACGUGCCAGGAUUGCUCAACGAAUGGAACCAGAAAUUAUAUGUGAGGAGUUGAUGACACGGUGUCUUGCCCCGGACUGUCAGAUGGGAGGGCUGGGCUGUGAUAACAUGACCGUGUGUCUUGUGUGCUUCCUACACGGCAAACCGUACGAGGACCUCAUACGUCGCUGCUCCCAGCCGUGCUUCGGCGGGCCCGUUCCUCACCUCAACACUUACGACGACCUGAAAUAACAGUCCCGGACUGAUGGCAGCUGUUACAUUGUUGAUUCUCUCCGCGUAUUUGGUGUGUGUGGUGUGAGAGACUAGGUGCCCGGGAUUUGAAGGAUUUACAGAUUAAUAAAUUGUGUUGUUGGACUGAUGUGUUAAUCAGGGUUUAGAAGAAUUUCUAGGAAUAUUAGCUUGUGUUUUUGUUUAUGAUUUGUUGAUUGAAAUGGUUUAAAUUUAAUGCAAAUUUUGAUUUUGAAUGAUGUGUAGGUCUUAUUGACCAGAAGAAUGAAUUGAAUAUUGGACUUUUGUCAUUGGCAACCUGAUCUAAAAUUUAUAAGUAUUACUUAUUGCUGUUUAUAACUAUUGAUAAAAUGCUGUUAAAAUGAAAAGAUUAAUCCAUGGGGCAUUGCUAAAUGCAUUGAUUUUUGAACUGAUUAACAUUUUUAUUACACAUAUUUAUUUAAUCUUUAGUUAACAGCUAUAUUUUGUUUAAAUUUUUAAUAUCAUGAAAUGAAAUCAGGUGAUGAAAAUUACCUAAAUGUUGCGAAAAGAAUGCAACAAUAUUUGUUUCAUGUCUGAGCAACUAAUAGGCCACUGCCAUUUUGUGGUGGCUUUUUGUGAUAUUUAUUGGUAUGAUUGUGUUCUCGGAAUUUGUGAUUUUGUUAUCAGUUAUAUAAUAUACCCGUAUGUACAUUUUUGAAGCUGAACUAAUUGAUUUUAAUAUAUAUGAAAACCGAGAAUAAUUUAAUAAUGUUCAUCUUAUACAGUUAAUGUUUAAGCAUCAUUAUUGUGAGUAUUUUGGAACAAGAUUAAGCGUUACGUAGAACUUGUAAAAGGAAAAGCUGCAGGGGGAGUAACCCUAGCGCUCUGAGGUAGACAACUUGAGUCCGGUAGGCUAACAAAUGUUACUACCAAACUUACUUUUGAUGAAAUUUGACAGCUUUGUUAAUGAUAUUAGCACACUGAUUGGAUGGACAAAACUUUAAUUUAGUAUUUAUCAAAACAGCGCAGUUUAUAUCCUUGAUGUAAAUAAUGAUUUUGAACAUGUGAACAUGUGAAAUUGUUUAGACUGUAUCCCAAUAUGAGAUAUUAUCAUGCAUAUUGUUGGGAAGUUGCCAAGUUUUUCAUAGCAGGGGUUCCAUGAGACUUUUGUACAGUUGUAGAUUGUUAUGCUUCCAUUAAAAAACAGCAGGAAGAACUUUGAAAUUAAUAUAAAUGACUUUUGGAACAACUUAAAAAGGGGUCUCAGCGGCUUUACCCUGUGUUGGGCAUGAAUUCCUCGUACUCGAACAGACCCCCUGCUAUUUUCAGGAUUGACAAUUAUCAGCUGUUCCGACCCCUAUCUAAAGAUUUUAUUUUGAAAUUCCUUUAAUUAUUUUAUUUGAAACUAUUGAAUUGUUAUAGUAAUUCACAGAAGCAAUAUUAGAAGCCCUGUUGUGGAUGUGAUAGCAUUCGCCUUUAACCCAGGUAUACAUGAAACGCAUAAUGUCACUUGUUUGUGGUUGGAAUUAUCUUAACUUUGAAGGGUAAAAAUUAGAAUUUGUCUUACUGGCUCUCUUAUAUAGAGGAAUUUUGGUAUUCCAUUAUUCAUAUACAUGUCAAACAGUUCAUAGCUUAAUGAUAGCAGUAUUUAGAAUAUAAUCAUAGUACUUUUACAUCUUGUAAAGGAGUAAAAUACAUUUAAGCACAAAGAUCUAAUUGAAAGAAAUGAACUUACAGGGACUAAUUCACUGCUUUUAUAUUGGCAACAUUUUCAAAUUUUGUUAAAAUCGAUUUUUUUCUACGUUCUUUUAGAAUAUAAUCAUAGUACUUUUACAUCUCAUAAAGGAGUAAAAUACAUUUAAGCACAAAGAUCUAAUUGAAAGAAAUGAACUUACAGGGACUAAUUCACUGCUUUUAUAUUGGCAACAUUUUCAAAUUUUGUUAAAAUCGAUUUUUUCUACGUUCAUUUAUUAUCUGAAUCAAUAGCAAUUAGAAGAUACUGUCUCAUUAAAACAUUAUUUUGUAAAAAAAAAGCAAUCCGAAAAUUGUUCAAAUUUUAAUAGCAUUCCUGAUGUGUUUUGGUAAAAUUUAGCCUUUUUCAAUAUCUGUUCCCAUACAAGAGCAUUUAUUUGACUUUGUGAUGAUGUUUUAUCAUUGUUUCAAGCAUUUUGUUUACAUUUCACAUGAAAAAAGUGUUUUUGAUGUCCUUAUAAAAUGUGAACCAGUCCCUUUAAACUUGAAUCACUCUCUAAAUCUCUGAUCUUAUAUUAGUAAGAAAAAUAAUAUCUGAUGAAGAAAAUCAUGUAGGUUAUUGCGUUUCUGCAAUACAAAAAAGAACAAGCAUAAUACUGAUGGAAUAUAUGUAUUUUUUUUCAUUUUUGCAUUUCAUUCUUUUACUCCCUGGUAUUGAAAGUUCCAAAUAUUAUUUCAAUCUUUCUGUUUAUUAAACCUAAAAAAGUGAUUAUGUUUAUUAAAGGCCAAUUACUUCUCAUGAGGCGUAUUAUGUUACUUUGUUAAUUCAUUAUAGAUGAUCUCAGAUGACUCGGUUUGUUGUGGAGAGUAAUCGUUAUUCAAAUCCCAAAGAAUAUGUUAAUGCUUCAGAAGGCCCUUUCUCACAAGUCAACCAAGGCUUGGUUUCAUCAAAAUCAUUGUUCUAGUUUUAGAUAGCUUGUCAUUUUUGGAUGAACAAUCCACUGAACUAGUCCACCAUUUUUUUCUGUUAAGUGCCACUUUAUUUUUUUUGUCGUAAAUUCCAUGCACGAUUGAAACAUUAUAUGUUGUACAGUCGAACACUGUUGGCUCGAACUCCCAGGAACCGCCCAAAAUACCUCAAGCCUAGCAAAUAUUGAGCCAAGCGAGAAUGCUUAAAUAGAGUACAAAAAAAUUGGUCCUUUACAUAAAGUAAGAGCCAAUGAGGAAAUCAAGCCAACGAGUUUCAACUGUAGUAACUUCAUAGAUAUGUCUUUAUUUAGUCUGAAUUUGGUUUGAUAAUCAAUGCUGAUAUGUUGCAUAUUCAUAUACACGUAGCUUUUAGACUAUUUAUUGAGUUACUCUACAUAGACACAUUUUGUUGUUUGUUGGAUUAAAAGUGCUGGAAAGUUAUGUGCUAAAAACCAUUGUGCUAAUAAAUAUGCAUGUAUAUUUUUAGUACAUAUUUAUUUGCUUUCGAGUUUAUUGUUCUUUUGUACAUGAAAUCCAGUCUGUAAAUUGGCUUCGAAAAUUCAUAUUCUUGAAAGUUAGUUAAUUCAUUAAGAUAAAUAAUACUUUUAUGUUCAUGUAUUCUUCACCUUCACAAAUAUGUAUAUGGAUAUUUUUAUUUAGUUUCAUAUGCGAUUGGAAAUGUCAACACAGUCAGAAUAAUGACGAUGGCAGCUGUAGUUAAUUAAAUAACAUCUAGUUGAAAUAAGCCAUGAUACGCUUGUCUGUUUUGCGAAGAAAACAAGUCGUGCUCUUGAGCCUUGAUGUUUGCGGUGGGUCAUCGGCAGUGGCGUUGUGCAUUUAACCUAGGCCAUAGCUCAAAAAUGAUUUAAGAUAUUCAAAUCAAGAUCUGUACACUUGUUUCAAGAUACAAUACGCACAUGUUUAGCAAGGGGCAUAACUCUGGCUUUAAUCAUUAUUGAGUUAUGCCCCUUGCUUCACUGAAAAAAAAACAAGAACAGACAAGUGUAUGAGUUCGUUCAGGGUCGCUCUUGUUUUAGAAUUAUUGUUCAUCCGGUAUUCUCUUCAAUACUGGUAUUUGCUCACAGCUAUGCCGAAAUUCAUACAUCAAGUAUUCGAAGUGAAAUAAUGAAAUAAAGGACACAAAUUUUGGUGAUAUUUUGACUGUAAUGAUAUUGUAAUCACCUUCGGAACCCAUGCUAUAAUGUUACAUAUUAUUAACUCGACAUUGCUGUUAGCUUAGUACGGUAAGAACUAUUCCAUUUAAACAUAUAACCCCUGGUAGGAAGGCACUUUUAAAUUAUGCCACACCCCUACAGAAGCAAAUUUACAAUUUUGGUGUCCAAAUUAGCGAAGACACCCACCCAUAUACUAAGAAUAUAAUUGCCUUCCCCCCGGGGGUUAUAUGUUUCACAGGAAUAGCCCCAAGAGAGUGUGGGUAUUCGAUAGGCCAGGUAUUGUAAUACAUCCUGUACAGGUUUGGUUUGCUCAGAGUGACACUUGUUUGAAGUUGAUAGCACAUUCAGAUUGUAUAUUCAUUUGUAGAUAGAUGUUUGUUGUUGAUUGGACAUUUGUUCUCAAUAAUUAUUAAUACAUGUUAAUUGUAAUAUUUAGUUAUUCAAUACAUGAACAUUCUGAUGUAAUUGUCUUAGUGGCAUAUGCGGUCACUGUUUACCAAAAACUUAAAUACCCAAAUAGCCAGUAACCAUUUCAUGGUCACUUUUUGUUUCAAUACUUAUAUAAAUUGACCAUUUAUCAAAUAAGUCAUAAAUUUACAGGUGAUCAAAAUUAUGCAUGGGAUUAAGAGAUUAAAAAAAAUGGACAUGUUCAUAAAGAAUUAAAUUGUAAAUUGAGAGUCACCAUAUUGUAAUAAGUGACAAUCAAAAUCCUUAUGAAACUUUACCAAUCGUUUUUGAUAUGCAAUCUAAAUACUGCCUAAGUUAUAGUAAUCCAAAGACAAGAUAUAUAUGUCAUUAUAUGCCAUUUAUAGUACAUCGCUUUAAACAGGCCAGUUGGAGCUGUCACUUCCUUGGAUUGAAUUUUAUUUUUAAUAUAAGGACUGCAAGCUAUAGAAAAAUCAUAAAAAACUGAUAACAUUUCAGAGCAUAAAACUGAUCUCGACUACAAUAUUGAACUGCAGUUUGAUUAAGGGUACACAUUAUAAUGGCAGUGAGGCUUCACAUUUUGUUUAUAAAUUGAUUAAGAUUACCUGUUGUAAUUCCAUUCCAUAUUUUAAACACAUUUUGAUAAUGGGUAACAAUUAUGACUCAUUUAUGACUCUUAUUUUGGUAAUGCUAAUCUUUAUUUCUUUGCACUAAUUCUAACAACCUGAAGGUGUCGUUAAGCUUGCAUCAGGUAAUUUUUAUGCACACUGUGUAUAGUCUACUAUUUUUGCGACAAUGUCAUGUGAAUGUUGACUAUUUUUGUGAAUAACGAUCCUUUGUUGUAUGGAUAUAAACUCCAAAAACUUUAAAUAUAUUCCAUCAAUGGAGAUAUUUUGGUACAAGCUACUGGCAAAGAUAAAUUUAUGGAACAUAUAAAGAUCCAUAAUAUGCAAAAUUUAUUCUAAACACAUUUCUGAUAGGCAAGUGAUUAUAUGUACACCAAAAGAUGAUGAAAUUUUUGAAUCAGUUAUGUACCUAACAUUAUCAUUAAUUAUUAUAUGUUACAGUUUUUUCCCUUUUUUUAUACGCCCGAAGGGUCGUAUUAUGUUAUGGCCUCCAUCGUCUGUCUGUCUGUCUGUCCGUCCGUUAGCAAUUCCGUGUCCGGGCCAUAACUUGGUAACUAAUAAACUAAUUUUCAAAUAACUUUAUACAAAGCAUCAUUACAUUAAAAGGAUGUGUCGCGCGCAAUUUCCAGGACCAUACCUCAAACACUAGAAUCACCAUGGGGGGGGACGUUAGCAAUUCUAUGUCCAGGCCAUAACUAGGUUACUACUAAAGCAAUUUUCAAAUAACUUUAUACAAAUCAUCUCUACAUUAAAAGGAUUUGUCAAGCAUGCUUUCCAGGUCCGUACCUCAAAGGCUAAUUUCACUGGGGGCCGUUAGCAAUUCCGUGUCCGGGCCAUAACUUGGUAACUAAUAAAGCGAUUUUCAAAUAACUUUAUACAAAUCAUCACUACAUUAAAAGGAUGUGUCCCGCGCAAUUUCCAGGUCCAUACCUCAAACACUAGAAUCACCAUGGGGGGGGACGUUAGCAAUUCCAUGUCCAGGCCAUAACUGGGUUACUACUAAAGCAAUUUUCAAAUAACUUUAUACAAAUCAUCUCUACAUUAAAAGGAUUUGUCAAGCAUGCUUUCCAGGUCCGUACCUCAAAGGCUAAUUUCACUGGGGGGCGUUAGCAAUUCCGUGUCCAGGCCACAACUUUGUGUUACUACUAAUAAAGGAAUUUUUAGAAAACGUGUCCUAGCCACAACUUUGUAACCAAUAAAGCAAUUUUUAGAUAACUUUAUACAAAUUAUUGCUACAUUAAAAGGAUGUGUUGUGAGCACUUUCCAAGUCCUGCUACUUUUAAACUUAGUAAGCAGUAUACUAGCAUAACCUAAAUGUUUAUUAAAGACCUCAAGCCGAAUCUUCUUAGGGCGUAUAAUGCUCCGUUUCACGGUGCUCUUGUUUAUUCUAUUUAUAUACUCAAAUUGAAAGUGGUUUUCUCCGUACCCUUUGUAUAAUUAGGUUUAAUUGUACAAUCUCUUUAUAAAACUUAUGCAAAGUACACAUAUUCUUUGCAACACAUCAUUACCUCAAAAGAUUCCGGAGUGAUAAUUUUCUGCAAUAUAGCUGAACUGAAAGUGUAGUUAACAUUCGACAUUCGAUAAUAGGCUUAAAGCUGCACUCUCACAGAUAUACAACUUUAUAAUUUUUUGUCUUGGAAAGAGCAAAUUUUGGCGUAAAUAUCUGCAAACCAAUGAUAUAAGAUUGCUGACAAAAAAUCAGAUCAUAGAAUUUCAUAUUUCCGUUCGAAAAUUAAUGUUUUAUGGCUUAAACCGUUACUAACGGUUUAGGAAAAUUCAUAAAACAUCAAUUUUUGAACUUAAAUAUAAAAAUCUGCGAUCUAAUUUUUUGUAAGCAGUCUUACAUAACCAUGGAUUUUUGCAAAAAUUGGCUCGUUCCAAGACAAAAAUUAAAAAAGUUGUCAAAACCUCCAAUCUGUAAGAGUGCAGCUUGAAGUUCCUGGCAUGAUGUGCUUGUCUUAUAACCAGGAUUCAAAAAACCACAUCUUAGUUUUAUUGUAAGAUUGGUGUGACAAAAGUGGUCAUAUUUUAUUAGCAUUUAAACAAUAUGAAUUAUUUUUAUAACAUUAGGAAGUAGCUAUCUUCGAGCCUUAAACCAAGCCUCGAGAUUUAGUGGAUAUGGGCAAAGAUAUGUUGACUUAAAGUUGAUUAGUCAUUUGGAUUAGCACAAGCUUAUAAGAAAGCGUAUAGACUUAAUCCACAUUUGGAUGACAAUUGUAAAUUUGUCCAAUAGUCAUCACAAUUUAAAUGCCAAACUAACAUGUUUUUUGUCAUUGUUGCAGUAUUAUCCUGAUUUUCAAUGUCCUAAGAAAUUUAUGUAGUUGUUGCCUAGCAACCGUUCGCAGUUGUAUGCAAAUUGUUAUCAUUCUUAAAUUUUGAUUUGAAUAAAUAUUGUAUAAAUAAA